UACAUUGGGUACCCACUAAGCCUAAAUGUUUAUGUUGUGGCGGCAUAUCUGUAGGCGCUCUGAUGUGCGCUUAAAUUGCGCUUAAAAUGCUGUGUUAAUUAAAGCUGAUCGUCAUGGAAUUCAGCUGAAGGCCAUGGACAGCGACGAAGAUGGGGAGCCAGACCUGGUCCUCACUGGGUUCCUGUUCGGGAACAUCGACAAGCAUGGCCGGCUUGAAAAUGACUUUCUUGAUCCGGAAUCCAAGCGCAACCUUCACCAGCUCAAUCACCUGGGCAUCGGACGCAUGUGGGAAGAGAUCACUGGCGACGCCGAAGCAGACUCUCAAGAUGGCGACAGUGCCGGCGGGGGCCAAGACGAGUCCUCGCAGAGUGAUGAAGAAUACUCGCGGAAACUCCCAUCCUCCGUCGACUACUUCGAUUUUGAAGAACUGGCCGAUGACUCCGACGAAGGAAAAGAAGAGGCGGCUCCAGUCCCCGACCUUGAGCGCGCCGAAGCGGAGGGGGAAGAGUCGAAGCCAGAGGCGGGCUCGGAGCCGAAGCCGGAGGAUUCUGCACUGAUGCCGCCGCCCCCUGUGCCUCCGGCCGAGGACCCCUCCACCUCCCCGGCCCCUCCCUCCUCCCCUCCCCCUCCCUCCCUCCCCUCGGAGGAGGGGGAAGGGGAGGGGGACGGCUCUGCGCAGUCCGGUAACAAGCGCAACCUGGACACCCCACUGGCGGCCAUGCUGCCCUCCAAGUACGCCGACCUGGAUGUCACUGAACUCUUCCCCGAGUUUCGACCGGGACAGGUUCUGCGUUUCUCGAGGCUGUUUGGCCCCGGGAAGCCUUCGAGCCUACCCCAGAUCUGGCGCGGGGUGCGUAAGCGCAAGAAGAAGAAGCAGCAGGUGCCCUCGGACGUGGACGGUACGUCCCAGGACGGAACGGCCAAGGGUGCCGACCCGUGGCGGCUGGACCUGGCCUCGCCCCCGCCCCCGGAGCUGUGCGAACCAGACGACGAGUUGCGGCUGUUGCGGCCGCAAGAGGAGCAGUCAUCGGGGAACAAGAACGAGGCGUCGCGGUGCUCGGACGUGUCCCCACAGGUGGCGGACUGGCGCUACGGCCCGGCCCAGCUGUGGUACGACAUGUACGGCAUCCCCGAGACGGGGGACACCUUCGACUACGGCUUCAAGUGCAUCAUGGAAGGCGAGGACAGGGACCAGUACCCACACACGAUGCAGCUGAAGGACCUGGAGGAGUUCCCGGACGACGCAUACCUCAUGGUCUCCCAGCUCGCCUGGGAGGAGGACGUCAUCUGGAACGGAGACGACAUCAAGCACAAGGUCCUGGCAAAGCUGAACAACAAGAAUAAUGCGGCUGGCUGGGUUCCCUCGAUCCUGAACCGAACUGCAUCGGCCUUUAGCCAGCAAGCCAAGAGCAUCUCUGCAGGCACCCUAUUGGCUGCCACUCAAAAGAGCAUGUCCCAAGCCAUGCUGGCCAAGGCUGGAUCCAAGGCUGGCCUCUCAAAGUCGGAGCCGUUGGACGAGAGAGACGACACUUGGUACUCCAUCUUUCCCGUGGAGAACGAGGAGCUCGUGUACGGCUGCUGGGAGGACGAAGUCAUCUGGGAUGCUCAGGCGAUGGUGAAGAAGCCCGAGCCCCAGAUCCUGACCCUGGACCCCAACGACGAGAACAUCAUCCUGGGCGUUCCCGACGACCCGGACCCAAACUCCCUCACCAACACUGAGCCGGUCAAGGAGAAGAAGCUCUUUAAUUCUAUUCGCAAGGACAUGGUCCGCAAGUCCCGGAUUCUUCUCGGCAAGGCAGGGGUCAUCGCUGAACCCGAACCUCCGAGUCCGCCCCCGGCCCAGAACAUGGAGAAGGACCCGUACAACAUUUCCAACGACGAGUUCUAUAACCCGAAGCUGACCCAGGACAGUGCACUGAAGCCCAACGUGGGAGGCAACCUGAUCCAGCACUCCAUCCCGGCCAUUGAGCUCAGGGCCCCCUUCUUUCCUACCCACAUGGGGCCCCUGAAGCUGAGGAGCUUCCACCGGCCCACGCUCAAGCGCUACUCCCACGGGGCUCUGGCACAGCCGGGGCCCCACGGGGUCAUUCCCCUGCUCAAGCACAUCAAGAAGAAGGCCAAGAUGAGGGAGCAAGAGAGGCAAGCUUCCGGCGGCGGAGAGAUGUUCUUCAUGCGGACAGCAGAGGACCUCACGGGCCGUGACGGGGACAUCAUUCUCUCGGAGUACUCGGAGGAGCACCCACCCCUCAUCAUGCAAGUGGGCAUGGCCACCAAGAUCAAGAACUACUACAAGAGGCGUCCAGGCAAGGACAGCGGUGCGCCCGAGUACAAGUACGGGGAGACGGCCUACGCGCACACGUCUCCCUUCCUUGGCUCCCUGGCGCCGGGGCAGAGCCUGCAGGCCUUUGAGAACAACCUCUUCCGGGCACCCAUUUACGAGCACAACCUUCCGGACACCGACUUCCUCGUCAUCAGGACCAGGCAGCACUACUACAUCCGGGAGGUCGAAACCAUCUACACGGUGGGGCAAGAGUUGCCGCUGUUCGAGGUUCCAGGCCCCAACUCCAAGCGGGCAAACAACUUUGUCCGCGACUUUCUCCAGGUGUUCAUCUACCGGCUCUUCUGGAAGAGCACCGACUCCCCGCGGCGCAUCAAGAUGGAGGACAUCAAGAAGGCCUUCCCGUCGCACUCGGAGAGCAGCAUUCGCAAGCGCCUCAAACUCUGCGCGGAUUUCAAGCGGACAGGUCUAGGCAUGGACUCCAACUGGUGGGUGCUCAAGCCAGAGUUCCGGCUCCCCACCGAGGACGAGAUUCGCACCAUGGUGUCGCCGGAGCAGUGCUGUGCCUACUACAGCAUGAUCUCGGCCGAGCAGAGGCUCAAGGACGCAGGCUACGGAGAGAAGUCGCUGUUUGCACCCGAGGACGAGAACGACGAAGAGAUGCAAGUCAAGAUGGAUGACGAGGUGAAAGCUGCGCCCUGGAACACGACGCGUGCGUUCAUCUCGUCGGUCAAGGGCAAGUGCCUGCUCCAGCUGACUGGGGUGGCCGACCCCACGAGCUGCGGGGAGGGCUUCUCCUACGUGCGCGUGCCAAACAAGCCCCAGCAGUCCAAGGAGGACGGUGGCAGCCAGCAGCCUGUGAAGAAAACGGUGACCGGAACGGACGCCGACCUUCGGCGCCUGUCGCUCAGCAACGCCAAGCAGCUGCUGAGGAAGUUUGGGGUUCCCGAGGACGAGAUCAAAAAGUUGUCGCGCUGGGAGGUAAUUGAUGUUGUGCGAACGCUCUCGACCGAGCAAGCCAAGGCCGGAGAGGAGGCGAUGAGCAAGUUUGCUCGGGGCAACCGGUUCAGCAUAGCGGAGCACCAGGAGCGCUAUAAGGAAGAGUGCCAGCGCAUCUUCGACCUCCAGAACCGGGUGCUGUCCUCGCACGAGGUGCUGUCCACGGACGAGGACUCUAGCUCCGAGGACGACUCGGACAUCGAGGAGAUGGGCAAGAACAUAGAGAACAUGCUGUCCAACAAGAAGACCAGCUCACAGCUGUCUCACGAGCGGGAAGAGGCCGAGCGGCGUGAGUUGCAACGGUUGAUCAUGGGAGAGGAUUCCUGUGCUGGUGACGACAAGAAGAAAAAGGACAAAGACGGCAAGCCGAAGACGGACAAGGACGACGAUAACACGUCCAUGGCGAGUCUUCGGUCAAACGAGAACGGCCGCAUCCUGAAGAUCUACCGCACCUUCCGCAAUGCGAAGGGACGAGAGUAUGUCCGUAUCGAGACGGUGCGGAAGCCUGCGGUGAUCGACACCUACGUCCGGAUACGCACCACGAAGGAUCCCAACUUCAUACGCCAAUUUGCAUCUACUCUGGAUGAGCACCAGAAGGAGGAGAUCAGGAAGGAGCGUCGAAGAAUCCAAGAGCAACUGCGGCGACUCAAGCGCAACGCCGAGAAAGAGAAACACCUGCCGAUGAGAAAGAAGCCCAAGAAGGAACAGCCACAGCUGAAGCUGAAGUGUGGGGCCUGUGGUGCAAUUGGCCACAUGCGCACCAACAAGACCUGCCCUCAGUAUCAGCCCAUGGCACCCUUACCCCCGGUGCAAGUCGCCAUGACGGAAGAACAGGAGGAGGAGGAGGAGGGCUGCGGCCUGCCCGACGACAACCUUGUCAAGGUGGACGAGACGCGGGUGGUGCUCUCCAAGCAGCUGAUCCAGCACGCAGACGAGAUCCGGCGCAAGUCGCUGGUGCUCAAGUUCCCCAAGGAGGCUAUGGCGCUGAAGAAGCGGCGGCGUGCGGGCACGGUGCUGCACUGCGACUACCUGCGCAAGCCCAACAAGGGCGCCAACCGGCGUCGCACGGACCCCGUGGUCACCCUCUCCAUUGCCCUCGAGGCCAUCCUCAACGAGAUGAGGGACCUUCCAGAGGCGCAGCCCUUCUGGCACCCCGUGAGUGCCAAGGCAGUGCCGGACUACCACAAGAUUGUGACCAUCCCGAUGGACCUGCAGCGAAUCCGCGAGAAGCUGCACGAGAAACGAUACCAGAGCCGCGAGGAGUUCCUUGCAGACGUCAACCAGAUCGUCGAGAACAGCAAGCUCUACAAUGGGCUGAAGAGCACGCUGACCCAGGCUGCCCAGAACAUGCUGGAGCUGUGCCUGAAGCGCUUUGCGGAGAAGGAGGACAAGCUGAUGCGACUGGAGAAGGCCAUCAACCCGCUUCUGGACGAUGACGACCAGGUGGCGCUAUCCUACAUCCUGGAGGGCAUCGUGUGCGACAACCUCAAGAGCAUCCCCGAGUCGUGGCCCUUCCACAAACCUGUCAACAAGAAGUUCGUCAAGGACUACUACAACGUCAUCAAAAACCCAAUCGACCUGGACAGUAUCGUCAAGAACAUCAAGGCGCACAAGUACCACAACCGGGAGGACUUCUUCUACGACGUGGAGCUGCUGUACAAGAACAGCAUGCAGUUCAACGGGGCCGAGAGCCAGUUCACCCAAAAGGCCAAGGAGAUUGUCGAGGCUUGCCAGCUGGCCCUUGAACUGCACGACGGGCAACUGACCCCACUGGAGCAAGCGAUCAAGGUUGCCCAGGAGGCAGCCCUGGAGGCGGCGGACACGGACUCGGUGGUGACAGGCAACUCGUACCCUGCCGAAGACAGCACCCUGGCCGAGAGCGACCUGGCACGGGCGGAGGACCUAGACAACCCUCAGGGGUACUCGGGCCUCGGAAGGCUGUCCCUGCGCAAGCGCAGCGAGAGCCUCGGCGGUCCCGACGACUGCGAGUUUGUGGACGUGGAGGGCGACGAGGAGGCAGAGGUGGCGGGGCUGCAGCGACGCCUGUCCACAUCCGGGGAUCGGGCCAGCGUGCUGGACCAAGACCUGCAGAUCACCCCCGAGAACAGCGAGCCCGAGGAGGACGAGGUCACCUCGGACGAGGACCACCACCACGUGCUCAUGACCAGGGCCUCUAUGGUGCAGGCCCCAGAGGUGAUGGAGGACACCGAAAUGAUAGAUGAGAACUACGACCCAUCCGAGUUCCUGCUCCAAGGCAAGUACCACUUCCAGGCCAUGGAAGAGGAUGCGGCGGCGCCCGCCAUGGAAGUGGACGAAGCGGAUGCCGUCGAAGGCGGUCCGCCACCGGUCCAGACUUCGGUCCAGGACAACGUCAUCAGCACGGACCUUGCGGUGUCCGAGUCGGAGGAAGAGGUGGACGGGGGACACCUGCCGGAUCUUCAGGACACGCCCGAGAAAGACGAGGAAGAUCUCUGGUUCUGAGUCAUCACUCAUCUGGACACUUUGGGAGGGGUUAUGGGGCUGUACAUAGAAAUAAAUCAUCGCGUGUCUCGUUUA